AAAAGCUGGGACGUAGGGUCUAAUGGGUGGGGCGCCAAACCCAAAUCCCCUCUCCCUUCGUCCCUUGUUUCCUCCACACCCUUCAGUCAUUGACUGAGCGCAGCCACCACGUACACGUACACGCUCCAGUCGAACCACCGUGAGUCUCCGCCACCGUUCGUCCUUGUCAUUCCACAGCGCCGGGGGAGGGAUUUGGCGACAAAACAGUAACAACAACAAGGUCCUCAUUCUGAAGCGAACCCUAAUUCUGAACAACCCUGAAUCUGUGGUCAUAAGUGGUGGACGGAGCUGCAAACAGCAAGAGAAUAACACAGCGAGCCAACCUCCGAAGAAAGGAGAAUGAGUUACAUGUUAACAACGUUGUCGAAGAAGAAAGAAGUGGAUUCCAUCAUCAGAGACACCAUCGAUAAGGUCCUUGUCCUCCGCUUUGGUCGUGCCUCUGACCCUGUCUGUCUCCAGCUCGAUCAAAUUCUUUCUAAAGCAGCAAGGGAUGUGUCCAAGUUUGCAACAGUGGCACUGGUUGAUGUUGAUUCCCCAGACAUUCAAGUCUAUGUCAAGUAUUUUGACAUCACUUUGAUACCAUCUACUGUGUUUUUCUUCAAUGCCCAUCACAUGAAAAUGGAUUCUGGGACUGCUGAUCAUACUAAAUGGGUUUGUGCUUUUCACAAAAAGCAAGACUUCAUAGAUGUUGUAGAGGCAAUAUUCAGAGGAGCAAUGAAAGGAAAGCUUAUUGUGAAUUGCCCGCUCCCACCUGAACGUAUACCAAAAUACCAAUUACUGUACCAGGGUGUCUAAAACUUAUAACUCAACCCCUCCCUAGGGGUGGGGAUAAUUUGGCUUGCAAAUAUUCUAAUGUAGAAACUGUUCUGUUUUUGUUCUCGUCUUCUCUUUUUCUUAGCAUACCGCAAAAGCGAGCCAUGUAUAUAUAUAUAUAUUGGAUCCGAUGAUUCAAACUCGAGUUCGUUGGUAGCGCUAUUUGAUUCUAUUA